AAAGUAAUUUGACUAAACAGAAAUGCGAUUAUUAGUUAUAUUAUUUGUCGCACUAGGGUCGUAUGGAGUUUUGGGAGAUUAUCCUUUGGGUUUCAAACGGGUAUUAAUUAAAGAUGUUAGUGCAUGUUCCUGUAUAUCUUCAUACCAGAAAGCCGCAUUAAAACUAUCUGCUCCACUUGCCUUUAAAAAAUUCGGAAUUUCGCCUCAAUACAUGCCGAUUCCGCCAAAAGAUAAGCUUAAGGGUGGAUUUGUGACUGCCUCUGUAGAAUUGGGAAAUUACAUUGACCCACUUAGAACUAUUGAUCCUGCGUUUAUUAGUUAUCCAAAAGGAAAGGAAAGUGUCAACUACACCUUAAUAUUGAUCGAUUUCGACGGACAUCAGGGAAAUGCACCAAACGCCCGCCUUCUCGCUAUUAAUGUAAAUGUUCCAAAUAGCAAGAAUUUAAUAAUUGGUGGUGAUAUAGCUGUACCUUUGAUCUCACCCGUCCCAAGCUUAGGAACCGGUAUUCACAGAAUCGGAGGCAUCUUGUAUGAGCAGAAGGCCCACAUAGACCCUGAGCAAAUUGAGUUUUUAAAAUUGGCAAAAAGCCGUGUUAUACAACUGGGACAAUUCACAUAUACCUACAACAUUAAGCCGGAGCCUUUGGCGGGGACUUUCUACACUACUGAAGUCAAAAGUUGCGGAAAACACUAAUAUAACAUUUAAAUCAGUGUAAUAUGUUCUUGGAAAUAAACACAUCUUUAUUGA